UAUCACAAACUAACAAACUUUCCUAAGCCAUUCAAGGUUGCCAUAAAAUGUACGGAAAAAAGGUUUCCACCAUUCACGAAAUGAAACCCCAAAAUUCGCCCAAAAUCUCCAACAUUUUUCGUUCCAAUUUUAAUUUUUGUUACUACACUGGUCAUUGUCCAUUCAAAAUUACACCAUAUUUAUCCCAGUCUUCUGGCCUAUUCUCAAAAUUAGUAUGCGGAAUAACUUUUCUCCUCGCAUUUAUGAAAAAGAUUUCGAAACUCUUGCUACAGCUGAGAAGAUCACACGGGCAGAAUCCAAUUGACUACAUUUUCACAUUAAAAUCUGCCGUCUCUGUAGUCACAAUUGUAAACUUGUAUUACAUUGUUUUCAAAAUGGGAAAGGAAAUACAAAAUCUGUUACUCCAUUUGGGUCACAUGCAGAGUAAAAAUUGUUGGAAUAUUUCAAAAAUUUGGGAUUGGAGACUUAAAAUGGUUUGCUGGCUCCCGUUCUUAUACAGUUUAGGGAUGGUUAGCCAAAUCUACGCCAUCUAUGAGGGGAUCAUGACAACACUUCCGCCCAGACAAAGUUUGAUAUUUGAGACAAAUUUUCAUCAGAGCUAUGCAAACUUUAUGACAACCCAGAUGACAAAUUCUACCACCGUUUCAAUUUAUCCCGGCUAUUUAGAUACCUUCUUAGGUUUGGUGGAUAUUCUCAGUUCCAUUUUUAGAAUGCAUGUUGCCUACGAUGUGGACUAUCUCUUAUUUACCGUCGCAUUAGGAUUGUGGGUACCAUGUAAAUAUUUUUCAGAACUGUUGAAGGACGUGGGGAACAAGGAUGCCUCCGCAAUAUUGGAGAUGUUUGACGACUUGACUAUAUAUUUGGGUUUGUUGAACGAAAUUUUUUCUGGGCUGGUAGUUUCAAACGUGGUGGAUGUCGUGCUGUAUUAUUCCAUCCAUUUGAUGGACUUGGUGAUCGUGCCGUCAAUUGUGGAUAGAGCUGCGUUAACGACUUCCAUCUUAUUUACUGUGGGGACUUUUUAUUUUGCGGCGGAAUCUUGUGCAACUGUUGGUUUUAGUUCGGUGUGGUUAAGAAAUUGGGGAAACGAGUAACCUGUUUUUUCUAAAAAUAAAUACGCUUUGAUUCCUAUCAGCGAAAUUUGCCUAGAUUUGCCAAACAAAAGAAUCGGCAUUUUUAAGGAAUUGUUUCUGAAGUAAUUUUUGAAGAAAAAAUGGUUAGAUUGUUCCCACAUUUGUAAAAACUCUGUUUAAUUAAUUUAAUGAAGGUGUUUCAAAUUUAUUUAUAAGUUGUUUGUAUUUCAAAGGUUGACAGCUUAAAAAAUUGGGUUUCCAAGGAAAGAAGGAAGCCAGGUGUUACUAUUUUGAAGGAUCCUGCAAUCCUAUCAUCUGUUCGGGAAGACGUGGCUGAUAACUCGUUGGGACUUUGCGGAGGGAGAAUAUUUGUUUUUAAUUAUUCAUUAGUUAUCUCGGUGGUAAACACAAUUUUCACAAUUUUCACUCUAUGUGUGCAGUUCAAACUCAAGCCGAAUGUUACUACGACUUCAACCAAAAUUAAAAAUUAAAAUACUGGUCGUAUUAGUCAUAAAUAUUAGAAAAUCGUAAUGAUUCGAAAAUUUCGCAAAUGACCGUCCUUAUUUAGAGUAACAUCAUACCCAGAUUUUCAAAUUUAUUUUGACAGUAAAUAAUGGUUCCUAUGCGCCAAAUAACUAAUGGAUUAAACCAUCCCUCUCUCUUUAGUAAAUAUGAAUUGACGCUCAAUUCUUUUGUGUACAUAUCUACGAUUUACAACUAAUUUAAUAAAAAAUCUCAUCUGCGGAAAAUUAUUUUUCGUAGAUUAUCAAUUUUGGUUGGCCAGCUGAAUAGUCUUCUGUGAUGAUACGU